CUCUCUCUCUCUCUCUCUCCUGCAAUGGCUGGAAUAGUUCUCCUCUGCAUUGCAUCAUUGGUCUCUCUUUUUGUUGCAACAAGUGGUAGAAUCCCUGGAGUUUACAGCGGAGGCCCAUGGCAAAGUGCUCAUGCCACUUUCUAUGGUGGCAGCGAUGCCUCCGGAACAAUGGGUGGUGCUUGUGGGUAUGGAAACUUGUAUAGCCAAGGCUAUGGUGUGAACACUGCAGCACUGAGCACAGCACUGUUCAACAAUGGCUUGAGCUGCGGUUCAUGCUUUGAGAUCAAGUGUGACCAAGAUCCUCGUUGGUGCAACCCUGGGAACCCUUCAAUCUUGAUCACUGCAACCAAUUUUUGCCCACCAAACUUUGCUCUUCCUAGUGACAAUGGUGGUUGGUGCAACCCACCUCGACCACACUUUGACCUUGCCAUGCCAAUGUUUCUCAAGAUCGCUCAGUACCGUGCCGGAAUUGUCCCCGUCGCUUACCGCCGGAUACCAUGCAGAAAGGUAGGAGGCAUCAGAUUCACAAUCAACGGCUUUCGUUACUUCAACCUGGUGCUGAUCACCAACGUCGCGGGUGCAGGAGAUAUCGUGCGCGUGAGUGUGAAAGGAACCAACACUGCGUGGAUGAGCAUGAGCCGCAACUGGGGGCAAAAUUGGCAAUCCAAUGCCAUUUUGGUGGGCCAGGCCCUCUCCUUUAGAAUCACCGGCAGUGACCGACGUACCUCAACCUCAUGGAACGUGGCAUCACCUAAUUGGCAGUUCGGACAAACCUUCAUGGGAAAGAAUUUCCGUGUCUAAACCCAAAAAAAAAAAAAAAAAAAAAAAAAAACAUUCAAUACAAAUGAAUGACUCUCUUAUUUUUGACUUGUUUGUUUGGUUCAGUUUCCCUCCUUCUAACUUUCCUGUAUUUUCCUGGGAAAGUUUUGAAGUGGGUGGGUUGGGUUAAAAGAAAGUUAAAGAGAAGGGUAGUUUUAGGGAAAGUAAAAGUGAAAGUAAGUUUAUUUAUAUAAUCAAUAUAAAAGAGAGUGAGGGUGUGUUUGUAUUAAAUGUGAAAGUGUUUCUAAAGUAUAAUGUAACGGGCGUUGCUGGUAUAUUAAUUACCCAGCACUAGCAACUACUCUUAAAAUGUGAGGGGGCUGAGGAGGUUGCAGGAACAUGUAGCC